AAUUCACCUGAAACUAUUUGAAACUAUUGGAUCUAGUACUUACAUUAAUUAAUGUGAUAGUUAAAGUCUAUCUUUUUUUACGCGUCUUAAAAUGGUUUCAUUUCUCUACUUAAAAUGUGAGCAACAUUUUAACUACCUUUACCUCCUACUUAUUUUCAUGUCUCUUUUCGGUAAAUAUUCUCAUCGGUCCUCCAAUCUCUAGGGCGUAGUUUAACCAAUUUUUUAGACGCGGCUCAAACCAAGAAGGCCUUCACAUUUGUUUUACAAUGUCGCUAUACAUGUUGUUUUUUUUUUUGUUUCAAACAACCAGACUCUUUUUACAAAACAAAUAUGUUGGCUUAUUAUCAUGUUCCACCAAAAAAGAUCCAUUCCCUUUUCCUGGUAGAUUCUUGCAACUUUUGGUUUAGCAGGAGUCGUCCUAAAGUGGCUUGGAUCCUACCUGACGGAACGCACCCAAAGUGUCGUUGUUAGCGGGACGGAAUCAACAAGCUUACUUUUGAAGUACGGAUUACCCCAAGGAUCAGUUCUAGGCCCAGUACUGUUCACUAUGUACACAUAUCCACUCAGCGGUAUCAUACGGCCAACCGGCAUCUUAUACCAUUUCUUUGCCGAUGACUCACAGUUAUACGAUUCAUCAGUACCCUCAGAGGUGUCGCAUCUGGCAGAGAAAAUCAGUAGUACCGUUGCAAGGGUGAGCGAUUGGAUGGUUGAAAAUAAACUCAAGAUGAACGAAAACAAGACAAAAAUAAUUAAGAUUGGCACUAGGAACAAUGUCUCAAAAGUUGAAAGCACAGAUUCUCUCUUUAUCACGAACUGCCAUGUUCCUUUUGUCCAUGUAGUGCGGAAUCUUAGAGUUUUCUUCGACUCAACACUAUCUUUCGAUCCACACAUAAGUCAGCUCUGCAAAGGUCUUUAUCUGCAGCUGCGCAGAUUAGGCCAGAUCCGACCAUAUUUAACAACAGAGUCAACAAAAACGCUAGCUGUGGCAUUAAUACUCUCCCGCCUUGACUAAUGCAACGCCGUGCUAGCAGGUAUACCUGAUGACAAAAUAGCCAAGCUGCAACGCAUACAGAACAACGCCGCUCGAAUAGUCCUUAAAAAAACUAGACAAGAUUCUGCUACUACGCUCUUGCGCACGCUCCAUGAAAGCGAGAAUCGAUUACAAGGUCGCCACACUUUGUCAUCAGUGUAUAUAUAACAAUGAGAUGCCCUUGUACCUUAGCGAACUGAUUACUCCAUAUGUCCCCCGGAGAGCCCUGCGCUCAAUGGACUCAACGCUUUUAGUAGUGCCACGUUUCUCCCUCAAAAGCUACGGUCAGCGUGCUUUUUCAGUUCACGGACCAAAGGUUUGGAACUCACUCCCCAUUGAUCUCAGACAGACAACAUGCUACACCAAUUUUAAGAAGAACAUUAAGACCUAUCUGUUUAAAACUUUUUUAGAUUAACUGUCAUUUUGGCUCUCGUGUAUUUUUUUGUAAUGUUAUAACAGCGCCUUGAGCCUACAUUUUGUUUGUUAACAGCGCUUUAUAAAUAAAUUAUUAUUAUUCUACAAUCAGAGUUCCACUUCAUAGACUCAUAAUCGCCCACUCGUUAAAGUUCAUGUAUCAAUCCAUCACAGAAAAAGUGAGGGCCCUAACGAAGUUGUGUUUACUUGAUUUAAAAGAAUGCAUUGGAUAUGAACCUAAAAACUGCUAUUGCUCUACUUCAAUAAAAGAAAAUGUGUUUGAUGUCACCAUUAAUAUUACUGCAUUGGCUUACUUGAGUGGAGCCAAAAUUAGAGGGGCAUUAAAAUAUAUCGAGACUUCUAUUCAUGGAGAUGUGACGCUGUUUCCUAAUAUAUACGAUCCAAGUACAACCAAAGCUUAUGUUUGGAUAAACAACCAAGAUGUCGACAUCGACAACUGCAAUGUCGCUGUGAAGAGUGACUAUGUGUUAGUCGUGUUUAUUGUUCUCAACACUUUGAAUCUACCACUUCGACUUUCAAUACAAGAGAAUGGUACAGAAGGGGGAAGUAAUUAUCACAUGUAUUCUUACUUCACGAGUAUUGAGAAAGAACUCUCCCUGUGGUUUGAAUACGAAGUUUGUCAUCUUCAAGAAUAUCGGCGCAACUUUACUUGCAAUAUUACUAAAGAACAUGAGUCCAAGAAGUAUCAGCAAUUCAACUCCUUUAUCAUUAACAAUCAAACCAAAGAGCACAUUCCACGUGACUGGGAAAAGGUUCAAGAAAAAGACAUUUGGAUGAUUAUAUUUAUAGGAAUAAACUUGGUGCUGAACAUUUUGUUUGCAAUCAUACUAAGAUGGAAAACAAGAAAAAUAAAUAGACUAAAGCAAAUGUGUCAACAAAUAUUCAACCGCGUGGAUAAUUAUGGUAAACAUUCAAAUAGAACAACAACCUCAAUCUUAUCAACAGACACAGAAAAUGAAACGGAUACAGAGCUUGAGGUUUUAUUAGAUCAAUCUGUACGAGUAAGUCGAUUGAGGAAGCACCCAGAAACAUCAAGGAACGCACCUUUGCCUGUUCAGUCUUUUUCUACUUCAGAAAUCAAUUUUCGUCAUGAUGGCAAUCCUGAGUCAGUCGUAAAACUUCAUUCUGAAGAAACAUUGCAACCAAUAUCAAACACAGGGCCUAUUUGUUCGACAGACAUGACGAUCGAUCCGCAGACAUUACAUAAAGACCUAAAAGUAACUUUGAAAAAUCAAGAUUUUAUGAGGAGUGCAUGUAACCUAAUCGUCGAGUAAAGGAUGCUCUGACAUUGCAUAUUUACUCAAGAUAAAAUGUUUACGAAUAAAUCAGAAAUACUUUUGGUCAUUAUAUAUGGGGCGCGGUGGCUGAGUGGUUAAGCGCUCGCCUUUUGAACUUGAGGUCCUGGGUUCGAACCUGGAUGGGGGCUGGGAUUAAGAAUUUCAGGAUUUUUAGGGCGUCCCUGAGUCCUCCCAACUGUAUUGGGUACCUGACUUUAGUUGGGGAAAGUAAAUUCGGUUGCUCGUUGUGCUGGCCACAUGACAUGCUGCUCGUUAACCGUUGGCCAAAGAAACAGAUGACCUUAACAUCAUCUGCCUCAUAGAUCGCAAGGUCUGAAAGGGAAACUUUUUUUUUAUUAUACAGGAUUCUGAUAAUUUAAAUCUCUAAAACUUCGUGUAAUUGCAGAAAUUGAAUAUUUUAUUUUUGAAUAUGUUAAUAAAUUAUUUUAUGUAAGAAUAGUUUUACCAGACGUCCGACAAAAAGAUUACAUGUCCCGAUCGUGCUGUCCAGCCGGUAUUUACCUAAAAUGUGAAAAUGUCCGGCUCUUUACUGUUGUUCAAUCAGUGCUGCCCAUUGCUUAGAGCUCCUAAGAAUGUGAAAAUGUUUCCUUUGUAUUCCCGGACAUAAUGUCAAAUAAUGUGCUGAUAAAUGCAAAGUAAGAAGAUAAGAGAAAUACACUAUACAUCGACAGAGAAAGGUAUUCUCACAAAGUACAUUUUGAAGACAAGUCCCUUGCUUAGAAAACUACCCCUAUCAUAACUACAAUGAUGAGCUACUGAAAAAAGUCCUUUCUUCUAAGAAAUAUAUGUAAUAAAUGUGUUUUUCAGCCUAUGAUUUACUUUAUGUUUAAUUAAAUAUAAUUCAAGAUUUUAAGUUUACUUUGUUUUAUUUGUGUCCUCUUUUUUUAAUGACUUUGUCCUCUUUUUACUCCUGCUUUGGGUUUUGUAGAUAACCCUAUGUAUGUUUUUUUUGUUGUUAUUUUCAUGCAUACUUCUAAUUUUAAGGAACUAUAUUUGUAUAACUAAAAUAAAUCUCUUAUGCUUUACAAGCCAUUACAUUAGAUAGGGUAUUGAAUGCCCGUGCGCAGCUCUUCUUGAUGUCCAUCAAAAAUGAUAAAUUUCACCAUAAUAAUCUCUCUUUCCGGCAAAAUUGUUUAUAAUUUCAUCAAAAUCACAUUUUAUCCAACAGUUCUUGUUAAAUGAACGAAAGUAGUGUGUCGUAUUUUUUUUUAUCGUUUAUAUCAAAAAAUUCCUAAUUAACUUUAGUUUUUAAAAAUUUGCUCGUAUAUAGACACACUCUUUUUGUGUGUUAACACUGAAUCUUCAUCUAUUUCGUCUGACAUCUUGUUCUUUUGGCUAAUACGUUUUAGAGGUUCUGCUAUAAGUUUCAUAUCUAAGCAUAUGUGUUCAGCAAAUCUAAUACUGACUUCACCUAUGCCUUCCCAGCAACUGGCUAAAAAUAACUUUAAUGUUUUCUACUUACAUGUGUAGUUCUGAAUAGACAAUUGAAGUUAUUGAAAGUAGAUUUUUGUGUAGCUGAGAACAUUAAAAGAUUGCAUAAUAAAUUAUCUUUCAGCCCAUUAUGUCUAAGCCAAAGUUUGUCUCCAAUCAUUUGCAUAAAUUUCAGCGCCAUGAUUCUGCUUAGUGACAAUGAAUUUUACUUCGCCAGAUGUACUAUUAAAAAUAAUCGAAAAAUAUUUGGCUUGUUUUUUUUUUGUUUUGUUUUUUUGGAUGAUUUUUUUUUCAUGACAAAACCGAAAUGAAAUUAAGUACGUAUUUAAUCUGAAAAUAAGUUUAGCUCGAAGCCACUAUUUUCUAAGGAGUGGAUUCGACUUAGACAGUAAUUUCUCAAUUCCAACAAAUUGCCUCCAUUUUUGUCCUUCCAAUUCUUCCUCCAGAUUCUGAUUUAACUGAAACAAAUUAUGUCCACGAAUCUCUUUGUGACGAUAUAGGCCGAAGGAUUGUAUUAAUAAGUUGAUAAAUUCAUAUGGAAUGAAGAAAGAAACAUCUCUCUGUAUUUUCUUAAAACUUCUUUAAUGAUACUUAUCCAACUUUCACAUAAAAUUAACUUCUCAAUUCAAUAACAACUUGACUUGAAACUUCAUAAAUAAAACUUAAAAAGAUAUAUAAAACUUCACUUAGUAUAACUUCAACUUCAACUAAUAAAACUUUACUUAAUGGACCCGCUAAUAUCACAAAACUUAUUACUAAUCGAGGACUGAGCGAGGACCAUCGCUCUACAAGAACUACUACUAUGCGAGGACCCCGUCUAACUGACUUUCCCCUUAUUUAUACUUUCUUUGAUCGUACGUUCCAGAAUCAUGGAACCUUCUCAGAUAAUUAUUUAAGUAACUUUGACCUUCUAAAAGCUGACUUGUGCUAUUUUUUCCCUUAACCCUUUUCUUUGAUUGGAUAUCUAAAAUUAACUUGUUUACGCUGGACACUUGCACUGGUUUGAACUCGCUUCUAGAAACUUGUCGAAAUAGGUAACAGAUUCAACUCGUGACACUCUUCAUGUAGUCUUUUCACUUUUUUUCUCUUUCUUGUUAGAAUAAACCUUGACCAUUGCUGUCAAUACUGUCCUUUACACGUAGACAUAUUUCAAAAUCUCUCCAAAAUAGUUUGGCUUAAUGUGAACUCUGCCGGUCUCAUGGUUUUCAACUUUCGAUGAUAAUCACCACUUGUUUAAUCCAUUUUGUUAGAUUUACAAAUUCAGAUGUAACAUAUUUGAUCUAGUUAGAACUAAAAAGAGUAUUUAGAAAAAGCGAAAAAAAUAAAUGUCUUUCUUUUUGGCAAGUAAAGAAACCCAUUUUCUUAAAACUUUCUCGCUUUAUUUUAAAUAAGCUGAUCUACAGUUUAAAUGCCAUUUAGAAACAAUAGAGGAGAUUAACUAAUUAGGUAAAUAAUAAAUCUUUAAUACAGUGGCUUGUGUUUGUACAAUGUUUAAUUUCUACUGAGAAAGAUUAUCUUAAGUUUGAUGCCCCCUUAUCACUUGAUGCCCUCUUGCGGCCCGCACCACCAGCACAUAGCUUGCUACGCCUCUGCAGGCCACUUACUUGUUAAAUAUAUUGAUCACGUUUGUUUUAAAAGGGAUAAAUUCAUUAAGGAUGUAUAUAAGUGGAAUAUAAUUUAAAUUAUAAAUAAUAAGCCCUCCCAAAAAUUCACCGGUGACGUGCAAUUUAAAAUAAUAGAAAUCAGCUAAACAUUAAAACAAAGGGAAAAGGCUUUUCCUUAAGGCCGUCCAUAAGAGAUUGAUCCUUGGUACUUAACAAAACCAUUAAUUUAAAAAAUCGUUCAAUAACAUCUAUUAUUGUAAUUAAUAAGAUAAGUUUAUAACAUUAAUAAAUCUCCAGUCGUAAUUCGGCCUAAAAAUAAUAUAGUGCUGGCAAGACUUGCGAUACGUACACUUGUUUUCUGUUUGUAUUGGUGCAGAUAGACUUGUGGUUGUUGAUUGUUUGUAGUUCUUAGCAACUAUAAUUCAUGCUGAAAAUACCUGCCUGAGAAGUGAACUAUUAAAGGGGCCUAUUUUAAGUUUGUGUAUCCAUACUAACUGUUUUUGUAACCUUGAUACAAUUUUAUUUAAAGGAAAUAUUUUUUCAUGACAUAGAAUAAAAUUGAAAUAAUACUUUAAAGAUUAUCCAAAAUGAGUUUCCGAAAUUUGUUUUUACAUGUCAUGAUGUCGAACGUUAAAAUGCCGAGGGGUCCUAAAAUGCUCAAGAUCCCCGAGCCCCCCAAUCCUUGGCUACACCCCUGCUGUAUAAUAUAGCAUGAGUUGUUUGGGAACCAAUGUUUCCUCUUUUGAAGUAGUCUCCAUGUUCCUUUUCUGCUAAUGUGGACGUUUCUUAUCCCUCUCUCUGAUGUCAAAUAGAAAAGUCUGCAUGUGAGUCUCCUAUGUUAUACAUUGUUUCAUUUUAAUUCCCUAAGAACUUUUACUGCACUAUAAUUUUAAAUUUGUAACUGCGAUUUUAUUCAUUAAUUUAUUCAUUAUAUAACAAUGUAAAAAUAAUAUUUGAAUGCCCAUUAUGUCAUAUACAGAUUUUUACAAAUACCACAAUAUUUAAAAUGUAUUGCUCUAUGGAGUAGUGGGUGCUCAUUUUUAGUUGUUGAUCUGAUUGACUUUAAAAAUAAGUUAAUGGCCAGCUAUUUUUUUUUAUUAAACUUACCUUUACAUAGAGGGCGCGGUGGCUGAGCGGUAAAGCGCUUGGCUUCCGUACUAAAGGUCCUGGGUUCGAAUCCUGGUGAAGACUGGGAUUUUUAUUUCGGGCGCCCAGCUCUAAUGGGUACCUGACAUUAGUUGGGGAAAAGUAAAGGCGGUUGGUCGUUGUGCUGGCCACAUGACACCCACGUUAACCGUAGGCCACAGAAUCAGUUGACCUAUACAUCAUCUGUCCUAUAGACUGAAAGGGGAAACUUUACUUUUUUUUUUUACCUUUACAUAUCCCUUAGUCUGUUUGACUGUUGGGGUACCAAACAAGACUGGUCGACCGUCUUUCUCCAUUCCUCCCUGUCUUUUGCCUUGUUUCUUAUAUAAUACAGACGUUACUUCAAAAAAAGAAGAUGAUUACGUCCUACGCGUCAUGCAUUCAGUCAUGCAUGUUAACCAAUGACUUAAAUUCUGCCAAGUCACAGGUUUUCCUGGCUAGCUCGGGCAACCCUUUCAAAGCUCUAGUAGCGCUAGGAAAGAUGGACAAUUUGUACAAAUUUGUCCUAGCAUAUGGGAUGAGGAAUGUGUCUUUAUCUUUGUGUCUUUCAGAGUAUUUUAUUAGAUUUUGUUUCUGUAUUUGAAGAUUAUGGUUCAGUGUUUUAUGUAUAAUUGCUACUUUACUUUCUGUCACUGUGACUUGAGAUUAGCACGGGAAACACUUGUACAUUGCAUUUAUCCAUUGUUUAACUCUUUCUCUCCGUAAUUAUUUUCUCGUUUCGAUAGUAUGAUUUCUUUAGUUUAUUUGUAUUACACUAUCCUGGGCAGCCACGGGAAAUACUGAAUUCCUCAUUAAUCUUCGGACUCGAAAACAAGCCUUACUCUUUUAUCCUGUUAUGAUUAAACUUCAAUAACUUUUUGUUAUAAGAAAAUGUACUAAAUGGUAUUAAGCUGUAAGAAAAAGCAUGUUCUUUUUACACAACACAAAUUAAAGUUUAUACAUUCAAAAACAAUCUAGUUUAAUGGGGAGUCAAGUUAGCAUCGUCAAUUAGGAGAGAAAGAGUUAAUGCACGAAUGAACAGUUUUUCUUUUUUUCUGUACACAUUUUUGUAAUUUCUUUGUUUUGAUCAUGAUGUUUUAUGUAUAUUAAAGAGUUACAAUAGCA